AUGCCCCACUUUCCGGGCUGCCGCGCGGCUCUGAGCGCGGGCGCUUCGGGCGGGGGCGGGGGCCGGUGUCAAGCACUGCCAGUGGUGGCCGACGACUGCUUGAAGGGGAGACCCCGAAGUGGGUCCCGAGGCGAGACAGGCGGGACCAGACAGAGCCCUGCGCACCUCCGUCGAAAGGGCAGCGCGCGGCGGCCCAGGAGGCAGGGCCCGCCCAGCGCCACCUUCGAGGAGGAGGAGGGCUGGAAGGGGCGGCCGCCGAAACAGCCAGCAGUAGCAAGCAGGAAGCUUCGGGGCGCUCACCGAGAAGCAGGAAGGGCGGCCGCCGAGCGCCACCGGGAGACCAGGAAGGGCUCCGCGAGCCCCGCGAACAACCGACGUGGCAUGGAGGGCGUCAGUGCAAGCGGCCCAGGCAUGGCGAACGACCGGGUGAAGAACCUCCAGAAUGAGGUGGAAGGUGUGAAGAACAUCAUGACGCAGAAUGUGGAGCGGAUCUUGGCCCGGGGGGAGAAUCUCGACCACCUGCGGAACAAGACGGAAGACCUGGAAGCAACGUCAGAAAACUUCAAGACCACCUCUCAGAAGGUGGCCCGCAAGUACUGGUGGAAGAACGUCAAGAUGAUCGCCAUCAUCUGCGUCAUCGUCACGAUCAUCGUCGUCCUGAUCAUCCUCUUUGCUACUGGCGUCAUCUGAACGUGGGUCUCCCUCCUGCUGCUGGACGUUCUCUGCCCUCCCCACCUUGUGUCCUGUGCCACCUCCUCUCACUGUUGCUGGAAUCUCUAACCGAACCACAAGAUGCUUGGCCGAGUCCUGUGGCCGGAGGACCCCUGGUCCCCGACUGUGUGGAGGGAGACCCAGCUGCCCUCCCCAGCGCAGGCCGAGGAGAACCUCUGCUCCUUGCACUCCAUCCCCCCCCCUUCCAAGCCCUUUGGGGCCCAGGGCUGCCAAGAGCCACCCCCCGGGGCUUCUGCUCCCAUGGCUGAGCUAGCGGCUGCUGGGGCCCCUCCCUUCUGCCCCCCACCCCUCUCUUGCCAACCAGUCACGGCCUUCUAGGCAAGGUGGCCCAGCGGCCUCCUCCAGAGGUGGCAGGCUCCUUGCCCACAUGCUUGGCAUCGCUGCCCAGGAGGAAUCCUAGUUGCUGGUUGGCCAGACAGGCGCUGGGCGUUGCAUCCCAUGGCAGGAGGCCUGCGUGUAGACCCAAUACCCUCAAUUCAGUGGGGAAGCUCUGUGUAUGGCGGCGGGUGGGGAAGGUGGGGGUGUUGCCUUUAAGAGUGAGAGGGCAUUAACGGCACGUCUCUUCUCGUCUCCCAUGAACUCUUUGGGGAAGGAGAUGGCUUUGCUUUUCAAAAAUUGAAGUGGGGGAGGGGGUGGGGGGUCAUACACUCCAAGUUUCUGUUUCCUUCCUAGUUGUAGAGUGAGCUCUCGGAGUCUUGAUCUCAAGAAGCCUGAAAGGCAGGGGUCCUUGUGACUCGCAGGGUCAAGCGCUCGCUCGCUCGCUCACUCUCAGAUGUGGCCAGUGCCUGCUCUGCACCCUCAGCAAAACCCUCCAUUUCCCUCGGGUUUGGGGUGGCUCAGCUUAGACCGUUGCUUUUCCUGAUCUAGUGCCUCCGAUUCUCGAGGGGCCUCUACCCCUGCCGGGUGGGUGUCUCUCUGCUUCAAUGCAGAAUUGCUACCUGUAAUCAUGAGUGUAUUUAUAAGUCAUUGGCUAAUACAGAGAUCUGUCGAGGAGGAA